AUGGCUAUUUCUUCCACAAAAACAAUAUUUACAUUCAUCUUUUUCUUCUUCAUACUCACUCUCCCACACUUCACUGCUUCUGCUUCCAUUGAUUCCAAUGGAUCAGUCUUGCUCAAAAUUUCUCCCAUCCAUUUCGUUAACUCUGCCAAAGAAGUUAUCACCAAUCUUCAACAUGUUACCGCCAUUUUAUCACGCUUCAACCUCCAUGUUGAAGCUAGCCACCCUCCUGUCUCGAAUGCCAUCUCCGAUUGCCUCGAUUUAGUCGACUUGUCCACGGAAAAUCUUCAUUGGUCCAUCUCCGCCAUUCAAAAUCCCAAUGGGAAGGAUAACAGUACUGGAAACCUAAGCUCUGAUCUACGAACAUGGCUGAGCGCCGUUCUUGUGAAUCCAGACACAUGUAUAGAAGGAUUACAAGGUACAAAUGCGAUGGGUCUUGUAUCCGCUGGUCUUGAUCGUGUAAAAUCAGCGGUGAAGAAUCUUCUUGAUGGAGUGAAACCUGUCAAUGAUCACCUCACAACCGCUAUUGGCUCGGAUCAGUUUCCUUCAUGGAUUAAAGACAACGAUGCAAAUCUGUUACAGGCGGAUGAAGUGACUGCGGAUGCUGUUGUGGCUGCUGAUGGAAGUGGGGAUUACCAGAGCGUGAUGGAAGCGAUAUGGGCAGCACCCGAUGACAGCUUAAAAAGAUAUGUUAUACAUGUGAAAAAAGGUGUUUAUGUUGAGAAUGUGGUGAUUGAUAACAAGAAAAGGAAUAUCAUGAUGAUCGGUGAUGGUAUGGAUGAUACUGUUAUCUCCGGUCGUCUGAAUAAAGUCGACGGUACUACAGCUUUCAGUUCAGCUACCUUUGCUGUAAAGGGUAAAGGAUUCAUUGCACGCGACAUAUCAUUUACGAACACCGCAGGUCCCGAGAAGCAUCAAGCAGUGGCAUUAAAAUCAAGCUCUGAUCUCUCGGUAUUUUAUCGCUGCGGGAUAUUUGGUUAUCAAGACAGCCUAUACGCCCACAACAUGCGUCAAUUCUACAGAGAAUGCAAAAUCACUGGUACCGUGGAUUUCAUCUUUGGGGACGCCACGGCCGUGUUCCAGAAGUGCCAAAUAAUAGCCAGGCAAGGGAUGCAGGACCAAAAGAACACUAUUACGGCUCAAGGACGACAAUAUCCGUGCCAACCAACCGGUUUCUCCUUCCAAUUUUGCAACAUUUCAGCGGACACCGGUGUAACCAGCCCAACAUACCUUGGUAGACCCUGGAAGGAAUAUUCGCGAACAGUUUUCAUGCAAUCCUACAUGAGUGACGCGAUAAGGCCAGAAGGGUGGUUAAAGUGGCGCGGAAGUUUUGCUUUGGAUACAUUGUACUAUGGCGAAUACAUGAACUCUGGACCGGGGGCUGAAGUUACUAACAGAGUGAAAUGGUCAGGAUACCAUGUGUUGAAUGAUUCGAGCGACGCUAUUAAGUAUACCGUGGCUCAAUUUAUUGAGGGGGAUCUUUGGUUACCUGCCACUGGUGUUACUUACGAUUCUGGUCUGACAGUAAAUAGUAUUUAA